GAGGAGCGGUGCAGGAGGGGGCCAAGCUGGGUGCAGUUUCUCCGUGGAGGCCGCUCGGCAUGCAAAGUCCCGGACGUGGCGGCCGGUGCUCGGCACCGCCUGUUCCACACAUUCCUAGGGAGACGUACCAAGAGUGCUUUGCUGGCAGGGUCGAACGGAGCGUGGAUGCGACGGCAUGAAGACAAGAUGUUGGGCAGGGUGGUGCCAAGCGCGAACGGGACGAGCCGGGCGGCACGAGAUGCCUCUCGCGCGCGCUCAACGCCCGGACAACGACGGCUGUGCAUCCGUCCGUCUAUCAAGAGGAGCGUUCUGCUGAUGUCCUGCGCGAGCCAGCGCUGUGGACCGCACCUCGCGCUGGUCUUUCCUGCCCUGCGGCGGCCGCGGUGCAGGCGUGGCAGCACGUGCAUGUGGCUGCGAGGCGAGAGUUGGACGUCGAAUGCGCUGCCUCGAGGUCAUGCAAACAUGACUGCAUUAGCCUGCGUUCAUCGGACUCAGGCCGAAGAGGUCUGUGAGGGUGAGGCGCCGGCGGCUGCGGCACACGCUGGCGCCAGCGGUCGAGGUGCAGCCGCAGCCGCGCGGCGGCGGCCACGCGCGAAAUGCCCUUUGAGCGCUGCGCCUCCUCCGCGCCGGCCGCCGUCUCGCGGUGAAGAAGCGGACAAAUGCAUGAGCGCGAGACGCUGGCACCUGGGCCGAUGCGGACGCUCCGGCGGCGUGCAUCGUAGGCUAGUGCGCGAGACGCAGUCCGAGGUCCGUCGGAGCGGGACAGAUCAACUGACCACGUGCGGCGGCGGCGAGAGGUGCGGCGGCGCCUCAGGGGGUGGUGCGUGUCUCAGCGAGGCGUCGUACCACUCCAUCGCUCCCAAGCAUCAAGCAUCUCAAGACAUCUCGAUUUGCUCUCCUGCGUGUGUGAGCUCGAGGAUGGAAGGCGCAAGGCUCAGGCACUGGCAAUCAGCUUAGGCGGCCGCAUCUUGCUGCCUCCAUCGCGCUGGCGC